GCGAUCACGUCAUCGAGCUGUGAGCGGCAGGAAGCUGCUCGUGCGGAAGCUUCAUUCGGGAGGCGGGAAGUUCAGUCAAACUUGUGGUUGUGUUGUGUUUUAUAAACAUUACAGCAUUUACACAAGAAACGUGCUGAUACACGUUUAAUACAGAGGCUGGAACAGGCCAGGCAUGAGCAGCCCACACCUGGACGAGUGGCAGAGGAGGUCCUUUGACAUUUCGUCUGGCUCCUGUACACCUGAACAGACGGCCGAUGCUUAUCGGGCACACGUCCUCUCCAUUCAGUAUGCAUGGGCGAGUGCUGAGCUCUCUCCGGCCGGAGCUGCCAGCCUGUUCAGGACCUACUCCGAGAGCUACGCUGCAGUCUUGGACUCGGACGACCCACGCAGAGGGCUCAACAACUACGCGGAGAGCGCCCUGCAUCUGGCCCGCAAUCAAAAGAACCACAGCGACAAAUGGGAGUCAUCCAUAACGAUCGAGAAUGUGUUCGAUCUGCCGUACGUGCAAAGGAUGAUGAAGACUGGUGCAGUCCCAGUGGAUCCAGCAGAUGUUAACAUCACUGUUGGUGGUGAGGUCAGUGGGGGUGGGGAGAAAGACAGUGCUUUCUCUGGUCCUUCCUCUGGCUUAAAACGAGAGCCUCUGUCUCACGGGCUUGCAGUGCCUCCACCCAGAGCUGAGAUGGGAAGGGGGGUCGGUAACCCACUUAGCAGUACUGUGGAGUGGGCCAGAGGAUGUGAAGGAGCCCCUCUGUGUCCUCCCCUGGCACAAAAUGCUCCAAGAGUUCCAACAGGAUCUACACCCAUCUUUGGCCACAACAAUUUAAAUUCCACAGGCAAUGCUAGUUCUAGUGUGGGUUACACAAGUGGGCCUAAUGUGCAUAAUCAGCCUGUGUUCUUUUCCUCCACAAACCCCUCCAAGAGGAAGAACUUCUACAGCUCAGGAACUGAAAGCAACAGAAGCUCAUUCCCAUCACAUGGGGAGCAGGAACCGCGAGGUGGAGGACGGAGAGGAGAGGAAGGUGUCAGCACUAACUUUAGAACUGCACGGGAGCAGUUUAUUGUUGACCAGCAAAAAAAGCAUUCCCAUCAGGGCCAGCGAGCCUCAGCAGCUAACGUUGCUACAAUCACCAAAAAAUGCCUUGGGGCAAAUCGGUCACGUGGGGCCUUCUCCAAAUUUGUCUCUCCCAUGCCAAAACAAGAGGAGGAAAGUAACUCCAAGGACAACCCACCGGAAGAUGCGCAGUCUGUUGACGAGCGACUAAAGAACUUUGAGCCCAAGAUCAUAGAGCUGAUCAUGAGUGAGAUCAUGGACCAUGGCCCCCCUGUGGCUUGGGAUGAUAUUGCUGGCCUGGAGUUUGCCAAAGCCACGAUCAAAGAGAUUGUAGUGUGGCCCAUGUUGAGGCCUGAUAUCUUCACUGGCCUUAGAGGUCCACCUAAGGGCAUCCUUCUCUUUGGUCCACCAGGCACUGGGAAAACCCUCAUAGGUAAGUGCAUUGCCUGCCAGUCCGGAGCCACUUUCUUCAGCAUCAGCGCCUCGUCUCUUACUUCAAAGUGGGUUGGAGAGGGCGAGAAGAUGGUACGUGCGCUCUUUGCCAUUGCACGUUGUCACCAGCCUGCGGUCAUCUUCAUAGAUGAGAUUGAUUCCCUUCUUUCCCAGCGCACAGACGGAGAGCACGACUCAUCCCGUCGGAUCAAAACAGAGUUUCUCGUUCAGUUGGAUGGAGCCGCCACCUCAGCAGAAGAUCGCAUCCUUGUGGUUGGAGCCACCAACCGGCCGCAGGAGAUUGAUGAAGCAGCCCGCCGUCGCCUGGCCAAGCGACUUUACAUCCCUCUCCCAGAGGCAGAGGCUCGGCAUCAGAUAGUGACUAAUCUCAUGUCCCGCGAGAAAAGCCAGCUUGAAGCAGAUGAGAUGGAGAAGGUAGUGCUAGGUACAGAAGGGUUUUCGGGUGCGGAUAUGACACAGCUGUGUCGUGAAGCAGCACUAGGCCCCAUACGAAGCAUUUGUCUUAGUGACAUUGCUACCAUCACAGCAGAUCAGGUUAGGCCCAUACUCUACAGCGACUUCCAGGAGGCUCUUAAAACAGUGCGGCCCAGUGUCUCCUCUAAAGAUCUCGAGCUAUAUGAAGAGUGGAACAAGACUUUUGGCUGUGGUCGUUGAACACGGCAGUGUUUUUUUUAUACUGAUUGACCGUUUAAUUUUACAGUAGUAUUACUAAAAUGUUGUGUUGGGGUUGUAUGAAAAUGCAAUCCUUGGAAAAAAAUGGAUCAUUUUUGUUAUGAAGAUGUUCUUGAAACUGACUUACUAAAAUUAUAUGUCCUUAAUAUGACUGCAGUAAUGUACUUCAUAUAAAUAAAGAUAUAUUAAUACACACAGGGUGGAUAUGAUGACUCAACCCAGCUCUCAUCAUCUUGUAAAAUAUAGUUACUUGUUACUGUAUUCAUUGCCUCAAAAUUAGCAUACCGCAGUUGUAUGUUCCUGAAAACAGUUGCAUCACCUAAGUGGAGCUGCAACUGUUUUCCCUCUAAUACAGAGGAAAUGUGCCAAGUUAGCACUAAAAGGGAACAUGGGGUCUUGAGGCUGUUAUUUCCUUCUGAACACACUUUAUCCAAAGGGGAACUGUCAGCUAGUACAAUGUUCAGGCAGCCCUACCCUCUGUGUUCACAGAAUGAAUUCAACGGUUAUCCAUGUUAACCUGCCCUCAGUCCUGUAGAGAAAGAGCAUUGAACACCUUAGGGCCAACUCUUCCAUUAUGUUAUCUUGGGGAAUGGAUUUGGAGGGGAAGUUGGGCAACACUGCAGGCAUUCUGGUCUUAUGAUAAGAGUUACCCACAGAUCAACUCUUGCAGUGCUCUUCCUGUCGCUAAGCCAAUGUGGUCUCGGACCACGAUGGUAAAGCAAGAGAAUGGCUUUGUACCAUGGAUGGGGGUUUUAAAAAUAUGGACUUGAAAUACUUAAUCCCCUAGCGACAAGUCUGUUGGUUUAGUUUUGUCAGUUACACAUUGUACAAAUUGCCUGUAGAGAACUACAUCGAUUUGGAGUUUGUUUGCAGUGAUUUUUUACC